UAUUAAGUUUAUUACAUCCCCCGGAUUUGGUUUUAAUGCCAGUGCGUUUGACAUAUAUUAGAGAUAUGCUUCUGAUAUGCCUGACGAUGAGGUAUUUUAGAAGGGCUAAUGGCCUUAACGGGCAUAUCUCAUUGUGCACUGUUACUGGCAUGAGCCUGUCUUUAUCUGUUCGUGAUUUGUUAAUUGUUACAUUUGCCAAGUAUUGGGCCAGUGAUUUAUGGAUCACCAAUUCAUGACAGAUACUUUGUAGUAAUUAAAUAAGAUUUUGUGCUUGCUGUAAGGUUAUGUGUUGGAUGGACUAUUCUAAGCUUGCAUAAUUAGCAACUCUAGUGGCAUGUGAAUGGAGAUACUUAAGGAUAGUUGUUUGCUGUUCUCAUUUCUUAAUAUGGCAUCAUAUUUUUGGUAACAAAUUCAGUCAAAAUUUGAUUUUCUUUGCUCAAAAGUUUAUUGGUGCGAUCCAUAAACCAACAUGCAUUCAUUUGAAUGAUUUUCUUCUUCUUGAUGCAUAUUUAAUAGAGACUUAGAAGACUUGAUGAGUCCAUGAAUGAGUUGGAAUACCUUGAUGUUGCUUUGCGCUAAAAAUCUUCUCAUUUAAUUGGAGCCAACUUGAGGUGGUGUUUCUUUUGCUUUAAGUUACUGUUACCAUGGGGAAGGAGAAGGUUCACAUUAACAUUGUGGUCAUUGGUCAUGUCGACUCUGGGAAGUCGACCACCACUGGUCAUCUCAUCUACAAGUUGGGAGGUAUUGACAAGCGUGUGAUCGAGAGGUUUGAAAAGGAGGCUGCAGAAAUGAACAAGAGGUCGUUCAAGUAUGCCUGGGUUCUUGACAAGCUUAAGGCUGAGCGUGAGAGAGGGAUUACCAUUGAUAUUGCCCUUUGGAAGUUUGAGACCACCAAGUACUACUGUACGGUCAUUGAUGCUCCUGGACAUCGUGACUUCAUCAAGAAUAUGAUCACUGGAACCUCCCAGGCGGACUGUGCUGUUCUGAUCAUUGACUCAACCACUGGUGGUUUUGAAGCUGGUAUCUCAAAGGAUGGACAGACACGGGAGCAUGCUUUGCUUGCUUUUACUCUUGGAGUUAAACAGAUGAUUUGCUGUUGCAACAAGAUGGAUGCAACCACCCCCAAAUAUUCCAAGGCCAGGUAUGAUGAAAUUGUGAAGGAGGUUUCUUCUUACCUCAAGAAGGUCGGUUACAACCCUGAGAAGAUUCCCUUUGUUCCAAUCUCUGGAUUUGAGGGUGACAACAUGAUCGAGAGGUCUACCAACCUGGACUGGUACAAGGGCCCAACUCUUCUUGAAGCCCUUGACUUGAUCCAGGAGCCAAAGAGGCCCACGGACAAGCCCCUUCGCCUUCCUCUUCAGGAUGUGUACAAGAUUGGAGGCAUUGGUACUGUUCCUGUUGGACGUGUCGAGACCGGAGUACUCAAGCCUGGUAUGGUUGUUACAUUUGGUCCGACAGGUCUGACAACUGAAGUAAAGUCCGUCGAGAUGCACCAUGAAGCACUCCAGGAAGCUUUCCCUGGUGAUAAUGUGGGCUUUAACGUGAAGAAUGUUGCUGUUAAGGAUCUAAAGAGAGGUUUUGUUGCAUCUAAUUCCAAGGAAGAUCCCGCAAAAGAGGCUGCUAGCUUCACUUCUCAGGUCAUCAUCAUGAACCACCCUGGCCAGAUUGGCAAUGGUUAUGCCCCCGUGCUCGACUGCCACACAUCCCACAUUGCUGUCAAGUUCGCCGAGCUGCUCACCAAGAUUGAUAGGCGAUCUGGAAAGGAGCUCGAGAAGGAGCCUAAGUUCCUCAAAAAUGGUGAUGCUGGCUUCGUUAAAAUGAUUCCUACCAAGCCCAUGGUUGUGGAAACAUUCUCAGAGUAUCCUCCCCUCGGACGUUUUGCCGUGAGGGACAUGCGCCAGACCGUGGCUGUAGGAGUGAUCAAGAGUGUCGAGAAGAAGGAUCCUACCGGUGCUAAGAUCACCAAGGCUGCUGCCAAGAAGAAGUGAGCAAAUCUGCAGCAACUUGAGACCUUAGUGGUAUUUAUCCGAUGUGCUAUAGGUUUUGGGUGCUUAAUGGUUGUGGAACUCAUGGAAGGGUUUUUACUGGUGGCUUCAAAUGAGUCCGAACUAUGCUUUUUGCUGCCUGGGAAGAUUUUUAGGCUUUCUACUUCUGGGCUGAGCGGUUCUGAUACUUGUAUUUCUUUGCCUUUAAAUAAUGUUAUGACAUUAUGUUUUCAGUAAGAAUUGCCUGCUUUUAAAUC